AUGAGUGAAUUACCUGACUACGUGCUUGAUCCUGAUGCUGUCCUUAAAGACAUCAAUGCAGCCUGGCGCCAUGGCAAUGCUCCAGAUUACUCUAAGACAAGAGCCUUUUAUGAAAAAACUAAGACAAAGACCCACGAACCCGGCAGUCUCCCUUUUCUCGUUGAAAAUCUUGUGAAGAACUGGGAAAUCGAAGCCUCCUUCAAGACAAAUCUAUCCGACUGGCGUACCAUAGAUCACGACGUAUACACAGUUUCCGUGAAUGGUAGUGAACGACGAACAGGUCACCAUAUGUUAGAAGUGGGGACUUAUAAUGCUCUCCUGACCGCGAGCCAGUAUUAUGAUCCUGCACAUAACACUUUUGACGAUUCGCACAAGUCAUUUAAGCGGAUGAUGCCAACGUUUGCUUGGGAGGUACUUGAAGUAUACUCUGGUCCUCCUGUUGUUACCUUUCGGUGGAGACAUUGGGGCGAGAUGAAGCAUGAUUACGUGGGAUAUAAUAGCUCCGGUGAAAAGGUCAAGAUUCAAGCGCACGGUGGCCCGAUUGAUAUCGAAGGACUUACAGUGGCCAAGGUCAAUGAUAAACUACAGGUGCAGACUCUUGAUAUCUGGUAUGACCCUAUGGCAAUGUUUCGCCAAAUUAGCAGAGAGCACCAGAUUAGCAGCGAGAGCAGUAGUAGCGGGUGUCCGUUUGUGCAGGGUUAG